GGGGGCCCCGGUGCGGGGCUCGGCGCGGCGGGUGGGCGGCGGCGGCGGCGGGAGCGGCCUCCGCGCACCGGCGGGACCGGGAGCGGGAGGGGGGGUCCCCACGGCGACCCCGGCCUCCCCCCCACCCUCGGCGACACCCCCUCACCCGUCCCAUCCCCCCCCCGCCCCCGAGGCUUACCUUUGAACUCUCCGGUUCCGCGGUGGGGGGAAGGCCCGGCGCCAUGGAGCCCCGUGGCGGUGCCUGGCAGAACUCGAACGUGGAGAACCUGCCCCCCCACAUCCUCCGCCUGGUCUAUAAGGAGGUGUCGCUGCUCAGCUCCGACCCCCCCGACGGAAUCAAGCUCUUCCCGAACGAGGAAGACAUCACCGACGUCCAGGUCACCAUCGAGGGGCCCGAGGGCACCCCCUACGCGGGGGGGCUGUUCCGGAUGAAGCUGGUCCUGGGGAAGGACUUUCCCGCCGCUCCCCCAAAAGGCUUUUUUCUCACCAAAAUUUUCCACCCCAACGUCGGCCCCAGCGGGGAAAUUUGCGUCAACGUCUUGAAAAGGGACUGGAGAGCGGAGCUGGGCAUCCGGCACGUGCUGCUGACCAUCAAAUGCCUCCUGAUCCACCCGAACCCCGAGUCGGCGCUGAACGAAGAGGCCGGUCGCCUCCUCCUGGAGAACUACGAGGAAUACGCGGCGCGGGGCCCGGCUGCUGACGGAGAUCCACGCGCGGGGGCCCCCCCCGCGCCCCCCCCGGACCCCCCCGGCGCCGCCACCGCCGCCCCCCCGGCCCCCCCCGACGGCCCCAUGGCCAAGAAACACGCCGGCGACCGCGACAAGAAGCUCACGGCCAAGAAGAAAAGCGAUAAGAAACGGGCCCUGAGGCGGCUUUAAAGGGGGGGGGGGCGGCACCCCAGGACCCCAGGAUACCCCCUGGGGGGGGGGUUUGGCCCCCCAAAAUGCCCCCCGGGGGGUUUGGCCCCCCAAAAAUACCCCCCAGGAGGAGUUUGACCCCCAAAAAAUACCCCUCGGGGGGGGGGGGUUGUCCCCAAAAAUAUUCCCUGGGGGGGUUUUUGUCCCCCAAAAAUACUUGUCCCCAAAAAAUACCCCCCAGGAGGAGUUUGGGCCCCCAAAAGAUACCCCUGGGGGGGGGUUUUGUCCCCAAAAAAUGUCCCUCGGGGGGGGUUUUGUCCCCAAAAAAUAUUCCUGGGGGGGUUUGUCCUCCAAAAAUACCCCCCAGGAGGAGUUUGGCCCCCUAAAAAUACCCCUCGGGGGGGGGUUUGUCCCCGAAAAUACCCCCUGAGGAAGGUUUAACCCCCCCCAAAAGCCCCCCGGGGGGGGUUUGACCCCCCCAAAAUACACCCGCUGGGGGGGUUUGAACCCCGAAAUACCCCCGGGGAGGGGAGGGUGGGGGGGCGUUUAACUCCAAAAUCCCCCCCCCGGGGGGGGUCUCACCCCCCCUGCGCCCCCCCCCCCCCGCCCGCAGGACCCCUUUUUUUGGGGUGGGGGCGCAGAAUAAACUGCCCCUUCUCUGCUCCCACCCUUUAAUCUUUUGGGGGUGGGGGGGGUGGGGGUGGGCAGCUGCCCCUCCCCCCCCCCCCCUCGGCUUUAAGUUAUUUAAAUUAUAUAACAGAAAAACCACCAAAAAAAGGAGGAAAAUCACCCAAACCCCCCCCCCGGCGCCGCGGGUUAUUAAAGGCUUUUUGUUUUUCUA